UCACAAGCACCCCUGGCUCGAGGUUUAGCUUUAGCAGGAGGUGGAGCUCGAAAUCUCCAACACAUUUGUGAUCCGUUCGGCCCUGACGUUCUUACGUUACCAAUGGCAGCCAAUAGCGCACGUGUGGAUCACCAGGCCCGUGAGGACGUUCACGGCCGUUUUGGCUCCGCCUACUCGACAAUAAAGCGCUACUGUCUCCUGUGUGGGAGUGUCCGCUCCCUACGAGCGAUCUGAUUGGUCGGUUUGCCUUUGGUAGGUCAGUGAAAGGGAUGAGGACACAAUCAAGGCAGGAAGCUGACAUGCAGGGGGUACACAUAAGGCCGGAGAUCACUGAAAUAUGUUUAAAUGUAUUCGAUUACCUGGCAAAACAAAGCUGGGGAGAACAACACGUGGUAUGGAGGAAGUUCGAGAUGACGGGCUAAUGCGAUCACAAAGAAGACAUCGGCCCCAAGUGGUGGGCUCGUACCCGCUCUACCGGAUUCUUUGAUCUUUUGCGCGCAACGGGAAUUUCUCCUUUUUAACAAUAAAAUUCAUGUCUGGAAAGCACCGAGAAGGUACAAGUGUGACAGGCGACCCGACAACAUGACAAACGCUACCAUGGAGCCCGAGUGCAAGCGGAGGAAGACUGGCACUGGUGCCCUGCUGUCCUGGGACGUGGUGCCCGUGCUGUCUCCUGAGCAGUGCCAGGACGUGGAGCUGCUGGAGGCCUACGCUGCCCCCAUCUUCAACAAGAGGGAGACAUCGCGCCUGGUGAAGGAGCUGGCCACCGUGUGUCCUCUGGACGGUCUGCCGCACAUCAAGAGGGUGCGGGCCUGCCCAGACAAGCUCAGCCCUCACCCCCUUGAGGUGCUCAUCUGUUUGGCAGACCACAAGGCCCACACAGAGGCGCCAUCUCUGGAUGUGCUCCUAGCAGGGGCCGGGCACAUUGACUGCUCCGGUCUUGGAAGGCCAUUUUUGGUGCGGAUAGCGGCCCGGCCCCCUCUGACGAGACUUCAGUUUGAGAAGGCCAGUUGUCAUUGGCCAACCUCCUUCCAUGAGGAUAAGCAGGUGACGGUGGCCUUGCGAGGUGACCUCUUCACAGAAGAGCAUAAAAUGAGAAUGCAAACAUACAUGGAGCUGGCGAUCCAAGCUGCAGUGGCAGGCCGGGCACAGGGCAUGGAGGCGGUGGGAGCGGUGCUGGUGGAGCCCGAUUCGAGCUCCGUUCUUGCGGUGGGACAUGACUGUCGACACGGCCCCAGCCCUUUGCUCCAUGCGGUCAUGGUGUGUAUCGACCUGGUAGCACAUGGGCAAGGAGGGGGCGCCUACACAUACAAAGACUACCUGGCCUGUCACUUUGUGGGGGCCCACCCUGCAGCGGAACAAGAAGGCCACGAGGAACUGCCAUACAUCUGCACUGGUUAUGAGCUGUAUGUGACCAGAGAGCCCUGUAUCAUGUGUGCCAUGGCCUUGGUGCAUUCCAGAGUACGCAGGGUCUUCUUUGGGGUGCCCACGCCCGACGGAGCUUUGGGCAGCAGAUAUAAAAUUCACACCCAGAAAGACCUGAAUCAUCAUUAUGAGGUAUUCCGAGGGGUCAUGGCACACGAGUGUGAGCAGCUGAGUAGCAAAUCAGCUGGCGCGUUUUAAUGUAGUUUUUUAAUAAAGUGGCACUGCUACCCACCGAUCUCUUCUUCUUUCCAUCUGUAUGUUGGCAGCAGCUGUACCAGCUGCACCUCGCACCACGUAAUUCACCCAAAGCGGAGCGUGUUUGGGCCGGGCCGGGCCGGGCCCGGACUUGGAGGGCUGCUGCUGGAAGAGGCGAGGGUGAGGCCAGCGCGGGUGCUUGGCAGGUUGUCCGUGUGUGGAUCCUACGUAGGCACAGGGACACUGCAUUGUAAAAAUGACUCUCUGUGGUCGUAAAAGAUUAAUAAAGAGUAGGAGGCAGCCUGACGCCCUGGCUGAAUUGGGGUUUGGGGUUCAUGGUCCCCUCAUCACCCACUGCCCCUUACCAGCUGGCUCUCUCACUCCUUCACCACUUAAUAGCACAUUGGCACAAGCGUGGCUUACGUCUCCUCGUCUCUGUCAAGUGAGAAGAGCGCUAAAUUUCCAUAACUCUCUUGCUGCUGCUGCUGCCUUUGGCGGAGCCCCUUCAGCCACCUGUGUUUUACUGGAGCGACGUGAAGAUUGGAGUCUGCGCUUGAGUCCAGCCCAAGGUGUAGGCGUCGAGGGAGGGAGUGAGCGAGUGGGUGGCUGGCAUGGGCGCUUUGUCUUCACCGAGCUGCGUGAUUUAGGGUUUACAAGGACGACAUCAGAGCAGGCGUCUGAGCAACAAGGGGCUCUGGCCUGCCACUUUAGUGUGACCAGCGUCAGCACACAAGUCUUGAUGGGGCAGACGUCUGGUCUCCAACCCAUUGUCAGUAAGGUGGCACAAGGUGGCUGGGGGUCUUUGUUGUCAUGCCAGUUUACUGCUCACACAAUGGUAGAGCAGCCCUUACUUUAGAUGACAAACCCGUUUUAACAGGACCAGCGGUCUCAACGGCCACCUCCUGUUCGUGUGAUGCUGGGCCGCGCGGUGAAGCACAGACAGAAUGUUCUACCAGGGUCCUGCUGGGUGGGCUGCACUUGCUCAAGCCCCAUUUUCACCAACUGGCUGCAUUAAGAUUCCUACCCUUUAUUAAGGUGGUCUUUCAGCCCUAAACCACUGCACUCCCCGUUUUAACUGCCCCUUAGUGGGCUUCACAUUUACAAUGAGAGACUUUCUAAGCUGCUCAGGUUCACCACACCAGUGCGUCACCACAGCGUCUGUCUGGGAGGACAACGAGGCGAGAAAAGCAAAGGGUGGACGAGCCAUCGGACACCACAAGGACGACUGGCUUGGAGUCACAGUGCUGUGAAAAAGUAUUUGCCCCUUCCCGACAGGCUCUUUUUUGUCACAAUGGAGGUCAGCGUCUCACAGUAAGGGACCUGAAAGCCGUUUUCUUACAAACCCUGUUUAUUUAUUUAAACGUAUAUACGAGUCCUAAAAAUGUGCUAAAACACUUCAAGAGCGUCAAUGGCUGCCACUCUCUCCUGCGAUGUGCUGCUCAUCAGCAA